UGACAUCCGCAGGUGCUGAAAUAACAAUCACUGCCCACAUGUCCUCAUAGGCAAAUUCUGAACAAGGAGUCUUAACAAGGCUUUAAAACGUACUUUCUGGAGGAGUCUUAGAACAUUAUGGCCCGUCUAGAGCAGGCAGAAUCUCAUCUGGCUGAGAUGGAGCUACUCCUCAGCAUGUACCCUGGUGAAGACGAGCUGGAGAUUACUGACCAACUAGCUGUGGCUGAGCUCAGGGAGUAUGUGGCGGGAGCGACAGAUACCUAUCCUCCCUCCAGACCACACAUCGUCAUCAAACAGAAGAUGGACACUGACACUGUGAAGGGGGUAGGCUAAAAACAAAACACAGAACAUGAGAAUCAUUCUACAUUCACUUGGCAUGACUGACUCACUCAGCUGAGACCAUAUAGGUCAGGGGUGUUCAACUAUUACCCUACAAGUCCCGGAGCCUGCUGGUGUUCUGUUCUACCUGAUAAUUAAUUGCACCACACUUGGUGUUCCGGGUCUAAAAUCAGUCCCUGAUUAGAGGGGAACAAUAAAAACAAAUGCAGUGGAACUGACUUGGAGGUCCAGAGUUGAGUUUGAGGACUACAGGGUCUAUAAAACACAGAACCUGACAAUCAUUCUAUUCUACAUUCACUGAGUGUCACACAGUAGCUACGGAUAUCUAUUGACUCGGAUCAGCUUACAAAUAUUUACAGCAUUACAUAUUUAUUAAUUUACACAUGAUUUCCCUUCCUUUGUACUCUUCCUCUCAGGUGAACGUGACCAUAUCUUGCACCUACUCAUCAGACUACCCUAAUGUCUUACCUGAAAUAGCUGUAAGGUAAGCCAGUUCUUUAACCCUAUUGCCCUAAUAUAAUUGUCCUAAGGGCACAAAUGAAGUUUUUGAAUUAAAUUGAGUUCUCCUCCCCCCAGGUGUCCUGACCUUAGCCGAUCCCAGCAGGCUCAGCUUCACUCAGACAUGAACGCCUACCUGUCAGAGAGCUGCCAAGGAGAUGUAUGCAUCCUCUCUGCCGUCGAGUGGAUCAAAGACAACCUGCACCUGUACCUGACUGACAAGAGCACAUCAUCAUCAACAGCAGCCCCAGGCAAGAAAGAGUCUCGGUCUACCUUCUCUUUUCCGCAGCCCAAAGGUAUCUUUUUACCUGUUUUUAUUUAUUGUACGACAUAAUUUUACGUACCAAGAAGUUCCAAUAAACCUAACCCUUAGCACUUUGUGGUUUUGACAAAUAAAUAACUAAAAUGUAUGUAUUAUUGUAUUAUUAUUAUUAUUAUUAUUAUUAUAGAGCAGUUCAGUCGCCUAUGGAUCUACAGCCACCACAUCUAUAACAAGAGGAAGAGGAAGAACAUUCUGGAGUGGUCCAAGGAGUUGGGUCUGUCAGGGUUCAGUAUGCCUGGCAAGCCUGGGAUCGUCUGUGUGGAAGGCCCUCAUUCGGCCUGCGAAGACUUCUGGGCCAGGUAGGGGUUAUACAUGUGUUAUGUGUUGUACAUGUGUUGUUGUUUUUUUUGGGGGGGGGGGCGGGGCUGUCCAUCCAUUCCACCUUAACAUAUAUAUAUAUAUAUUUUUUUUACAAACAUAAAAUGGCUCCAUAGGAAUACCAUUAACUGUAAGGUAAAUAGCAUCAGACUGCAAUAUUAGCGUAGCACCACGAGUGCUGUAGUACUCUAAAUCUUUUAUAACACUCUCCUCUGUUUGUGUUUUACAGGGUGAAGGUUCUGACCUGGAAGAAGAUCAUGAUUCGCCACAGGGAGGAUGUUCCUCUGGACAGUCAGAGUGCUGAGGGCAGCAUGGCGGACAACGUGGAUUCCCUCCGUAGGUUCACAGGGUUCGAGGAGGCCAUGUUUGAUCCACACGGGAACAGAGGAAACCAUAUGGACCUGGGCCAGCUCUACACGUACCUCAACGAGAGAGGAUGUGGAGACGUCUUUCAGCUUUACUUUGGAAUUGAAGGAAGGUAGUAUAGCUGAUAGGAUAGAGUUUUAGAACUAAAUUAGCCUGGUCCCAGAACUGUUGGUUGUUCUCAAAUGAACGCUGUACCCAAAUGAACCAAUGGCAGGAAUCAAAGCAUAUUGCGCAUUAGAUGAGGUAUUCUCAGUAUGGAUGAGCCUAGGAUGCUGUUAUUUGUUACUUUAUUCAUUUCUACUAAACAGUACGUUCGAAGUAGUAUGAUUAGUACACAUUAUGUUGUUUCAGUAAGUAGUAGACAAUAUAGAAUUUGGACAUGGCCAUUGUCUAUGGGGGUUAUUUUUGAAUGUUAAAGAAAUCUGCUUUACACCCGAAUACCAAAAUAAUCAACAGAUUGAGCUCAAUAUGCCAACUACAGACCAUUUGUAUUAUUGAAUACAGACACACGAUCCACAAAGUCCUUACGUACGGAACACAGUUGCUUCCCUGCAGAAUCCCUCUGACUGUUCUCAGCCUGACGCUUUACGAACCAACGUAGCAACUGGGAGUCGGGGACAACAGACGUUAUCACCUGUGUAUACAGUUAUGGACAGUGUUUAGGAGAGGGGUGCAGCUGGUCCCGUCUGCAACCCUUUUAACACCAUAGCUAAUCCACACAGAUGAGCUCACAGUAAGGUGGGGAAGGUGGUUUGUGUGGGUUUACUUGAACCCCUUCUCAAAUACAGGCCUUGAAGUCUGAAAACCCCUUCCCCUCUAAACACAGUUAGAUUCAGAACUGUGACACCAGUUAGGGGGAAUCCCUAACUACCAGGGAGAAAAGAAAACCACCAGUGCUGUGGAUAGCGUCGCUCAGACUUGGGUUUCCACACCUCUUCUCCAUCAGCCCCUCCGCUCCAGAUCCCUUGUAUCUGCGUCCAGGAUGGGAUGGUAGUUUGGACCAUACUGGCAGUCAAAUGAAACACGCUGAAACGCAAAGUGAGAGUGGUUUGCAGAUUCUUCACACGUGUGAUCAAACUUUAUUUUAUACGUUUUAAUACAUCAAUGCAUUCUACAAGCAAAAUACAAAACAUAAAACAAAAUAAUGUCAAAUAUAUCAAACUAUAAAUAAAUAUGAAUAGGUUAGAAACCCCAGUGGUGCUCGGAUAGAGAAUACUGUACUAUGAGUGGUUCGGCAGUCCGGGAGACGAGUAACCUUGCCUGAGAACUGAAAACGUACGUUAGCUUCCUGAGCCAAUGUCUUGGCUUUAGCACAGCAGGCUAUCAUGGUCUUGUGGUUCAAACCCAGUCGGUCAAUUAAAAAGGACCUAGCUGGAGAAACUGUGUCAUUCUUGGAAAAACAAGGGUGGUAAUAAUGGUGAAUAAAGUGUAUUAACACCCUUACUGGGGUGCAUGGAACAUGUCUAUGCACCUCACAGCUCGAGUGACACCUCCAACAAAGUGUACACUCACUAACUAAGUCGCUCUAAAUGACUAAACUGUAAAUGUAAAAUGUACAUCAAGU